CCCGCCCCUGGGCUUGUAACCGCGGAGGCGGGGAGUGAGGGCUUCUUUUGGGGGGAGUGGAGAUCGGGGGACUCGGUGGUGCUCUGUCGAGCGGCCGCCGGUGUCCCCGCGGCGCCGGGCUGCGGAGCGGAGGGGCCGCGGCGGCCGUGGCUGUUGCAUGUGUGGCUGCUGGAUGCGGAGGCGGCGGCGGCGGCGGCGGCGAGGAGCACCAGCGGCGGCAGGAUGUUAGGGCAGCAGCAGCAGCAGCAACUGUACUCGUCGGCCGCGCUCCUGACCGGGGAGCGGAGCCGGCUCCUCACCUGCUACGUGCAGGACUACCUCGAGUGUGUGGAGUCGCUGCCCCACGACAUGCAGAGGAACGUGUCCGUGCUGCGAGAGCUGGACAACAAAUAUCAAGAAACAUUAAAGGAAAUUGAUGAUGUCUAUGAAAAAUAUAAGAAAGAAGAUGAUUUAAACCAGAAAAAACGCCUUCAGCAGCUUCUCCAGAGAGCAUUAAUCAAUAGUCAAGAAUUGGGAGAUGAAAAAAUUCAGAUUGUCACACAAAUGCUCGAAUUGGUGGAAAAUCGGGCAAGACAAAUGGAAUUGCAUUCACAGUGUUUCCAAGAUCCUGCUGAAAGUGAACGAGCCUCAGAUAAAGCAAAGAUGGAUUCCAGCCAACCAGAAAGAUCUUCAAGAAGACCCCGCAGACAGCGGACCAGUGAAAGCCGUGACUUAUGUCACAUGACAAAUGGGAUUGAAGACUGUGAUGAUCAGCCACCUAAAGAAAAGAAAUCCAAGUCAGCAAAGAAAAAGAAACGCUCCAAGGCCAAGCAGGAAAGGGAAGCUUCACCUGUUGAGUUUGCGAUAGAUCCCAAUGAACCCACAUACUGUUUAUGCAACCAAGUGUCUUACGGGGAAAUGAUAGGAUGUGACAAUGAACAGUGUCCAAUUGAAUGGUUUCACUUUUCAUGUGUUUCACUUACCUAUAAACCAAAGGGGAAAUGGUAUUGCCCAAAGUGCAGGGGAGAUAAUGAGAAAACAAUGGACAAAAGUACUGAAAAGACAAAAAAGGAUAGAAGAUCGAGGUAGUAAAGGCCAUCCACGUAUUAAAGGGUUAUUUGUCUUUUAUAUAAUUCAUUUACUUUCAGAAAAUGUUUUAGGGUAAAUGCAUAAGACUAUGCAAUAAUUUUUAAUCAUUAGUAUUAAUGGUGUAUUAAAAGUUGUUGUACUUUG